AACAGAUGCGCUCAGCCAAUCAGAUGCUCAGGAUAUCCCUGUUGCAGCGAAUCAACGUGAAGCGUGCGAGGAUUUAAACCAAGGCGUACAAGCUAAAAACUGAUCCGCAUCUUCCCCCAUUACGAUUCUCUGUCUUUUUGUUGAAGCAACGCUCACAUCGAAAUGGCUUAUCGAGUGACUAGGGUAAGUGAUUUCAUACUUCUUAUUUGUCUUUCAUCUACUUCACACUGAAUAUACUUUUAGAAUAAAUUCGUCUUUUGAACGUAUUUAUUUAAAUGUGAAUUGUGAAAUGUCCUCGUGCGCAGAUAUGAGGACUCCUCUCGUGCAGCCCCUCCUAGAAGGAAUUGGAUUUAGACUCGACAUUGUAUUUUUGUUUAACCAGAUAUGCAUUUAAAAUAAUACUCUUAUUUAUACUCUAUUCCCCUCCUACAGAACCGUUUGGCCUCUACCAGGUCUGAUCUUGGUGGAAAGGGCUGCUCGGUAACCGGGCCUGGACUGAAGCCUCGAGCCGCACUGGGCGAAAUAGGAAACAUUGCUGCCAACAAAGAACCGCUGAAAAAGGUGAGAUUGUAAUACAAAUAUAGUUUGAUUUCAAUUGCGCCUCAUAUGUCAGAAUCAGUGUGCUUUGCUAUAAAUCAAACUCUCGACUCCACUUAAAAUUCCAUCAAUAAUUUGCAGGCUCAUUUUCACAAGGCGUCUCAAUGGUUUUUGGUUGAAAGUAUGCACAUGCAAAAAGCCUAGAGCAUCUUAAAUUACUCAAAGCAAGAAAGUACUCAUGAAAGACAAAACUUGUACCGUGUAAAAACUCUUUGCUUGCUGUUGCAUUUAACUUGAAGGUGUUUAUUCAAUUUGAUAAACUGUCUGUAUCAUGGAGAAGCCAGAGAGCACUAGAAUAAGAGCAGCCGAAUAGCCCACUGUUGAGAUUACUUUUAAACACUAUUUUGAUACUAGGUGAGGAAAUAUCUGCAGAUAUAUUGAUUUGAAAGUGAAAUUGAAAAUCUCCACACUUGUUCUCAAGAUGGCCCCAAACUAUAAUGUUAGAAGUUUUGCUGUUUGAUUCCACUAAUUUUCCCCUUUCCAUUUUCAGGCUGUUACUGCAAAGGCUACAAAGACCAAAGCCCCCAUCAAAGCUGAAAAAGCAGUUGUCGAAGCACCAAAACCCAAAAAUGUUGUUCCCGCUGAGCCUGAGGUGCAGGUAAGCUGUUUGGCUUUUAAGGUACAAACAGCAGCUACUCGGCUGGUUGGGUGUGGUGCUUCAGUUUGCAUGAUCUUCUUCUGUUUGGAUUUUGAUCCUACAGCCUGAGCCAUCAUCCCCCACUCCAAUGGAAACCUCAGGCUGUGAGCCUGCAGACCUCUGUCAAGCUUUUUCAGACGUCAUUCUCAACACAGCUGUCAGGGAUGUGGAUGCAGAUGACUAUAACAACACCAUGCUUUGCAGUGAAUAUGUUAAGGACAUCUAUAAGUACCUGAGGCAGCUUGAGGUAAAGUAUUAUCAGUUAAGAGAUAACCGCCCUGUUGUCUUUCUGGCCUCCUUUUAGGAUUAAUAAAGGUUUGUUUCUUCUCAGGUGGAACAAGAUGUCAGAGCCUCUUACCUGCAAGGUCAGGAGGUGACUGGAAACAUGCGUGCCAUUCUCAUUGACUGGUUGGUGCAAGUAAACCUAAAGUUCCGUCUGCUGCAGGAGACGAUGUACAUGACUGUAGGAAUCAUUGACCGCUUUCUUCAGGUAAGUGUCUUUCACAAAUCAAUGAGUAGGGGUUAUUAUCUGUAUAAAAUUCCUGAUCUCUAUGUGAUUUCACCUUCAACAGGAGCACCCAGUCCCCAAGAAGCAGCUUCAGCUGGUUGGUGUGACCGCCAUGUUCCUUGCUUCCAAAUACGAGGAGAUGUAUCCCCCGGAGAUCUCAGACUUUGCCUAUGUGACGGACCGUGCCUACACCACCGCCCAGAUCAGAGACAUGGAGAUGACAAUCCUCCGGGUUCUUAAAUUCAAACUGGGCCGCCCACUCCCCCUGCAGUUCCUCAGAAGAGCUUCAAAGAUUUACGAGGUUAAUAUCAGGAUUUGAUUUGGUGAUUGCUUUGUUCACUGAAUUAUCAUUUGUUAAUCUUUUCUGUGCAUGACUCAUUUCAGGUAACUGCUGAGCAACACACCCUGGCAAAAUACCUCCUAGAGCUCACCAUGGUGGACUAUGAAAUGGUUCACUUCCCACCAUCCAUGGUGGCAAGUGCUGCUUUGGCUCUGACUCUUAAGAUCUUGGAUGCUGGUGAAUGGGUGAGUUUGGAUAAUGGUUACUGGACCCACCAUCCUGUUUGAAGUACACUCUUAACAUGUAUUAUAUUUCUGUGAAAUAUCUGCAAUUUUCCCUCCUUUGCAAAAAUGGUAAACACAUUGAAAGAGUUUAGGACCUUUUUUUGAGACUUAAGUGUGCAGCAGCGCUGUUCACAAUUUUGCGUCUUGAUUACAGAUUCUACUGUUAAUAUGCACUUUUUUUUUUUUUUUUUUUCUUUUUUUUUUAAAUGAUUUUAACAUUUGCAUCAAAAUCGGUUAGCACUGACAUGACAGCAUCUCUAUUUUUUUAAUAGUGUAAAAAGCAAACAUUUUUCUGGUUUGUUUCUUCAGGACGUGACACUGCAGCACUACAUGGACUACACAGCAGAGAGUUUGAUUCCUGUAAUGUCGCACAUCGCAAAGAAUGUUGUGAAAGUGAAUGACGGGCUGACCAAACACGUGGUAUGUAUGACGUAUGAUUGUAGUGAAUGCCAUUGGCUGAAUUUUGAUACACUUUAGCUAACAUUCAUUCUUUGUCUGCAGGCUAUUAAAGGAAAGUACUCGACCUCCAAGCAGAUGCGAAUUGCAGCAAUCCCUCAGCUCAAGUCUUCACUGGUCAAGGAUCUUGCAAAGCAACUCACCCAGUGAGAAGACUGUUUUAAGCACCAUGUGCUGAUUUAUAUAGUUAACUUAAAACUUUUAAACAUGACUGAGGGAUCUGAAGAACAAUCAGUGGUUUGCAUGUUUUGAAAAACCGUUUUUCUUUUACUGACUAUUUUGGAAAGCAUGCCACAAGUUUUAAUUUUUCCCCACCAAAGCUGGUUGGCUUUAAAAUUUGGCUUUCUCUUUUGGUGACAUCAAACCAUGUCGCCUAAUUUGCCACCUUGUCUUACACACAACUUUGCCAACUACAAUCUUUUAAGAAUGCAAUAGCGUUAACUGUCAAUUAAUGCACUACCUUGGCCAUCUUGACGUGUUUCGUUGAACACAUUUCUUUAAUCCUUGACAUACUACCACUGACGUUUGCCCUUAUCUUUUUGAGCCUGCAAGUCUCUAUAGUGUAGUGCGGUUGCUCAAGUGUACGCCAUUUUAAAACUUGUGGCAUACUUUUAAAUAGUCAGUAAUGCUGGGGGGUCAUUGGAUAACGUGGCCCUGAUUUCUCUUGCAUAUUCUCUUAAUGUGUGUAUGGCAGUGACUGUGUAAAAUGUACAGCAAUUCUUUUAAAUGAUCUUACAUUCUUAAAUGUCUUUUUUUUAAAAUGUGUAUUAAAUGGUUCAGACCAGAUGUUUUCUCCCUUGUCCUCUUUGAAUCCGCCACUAGAGGCUGCUCUAAGACCUCCUUUUGAAGUUGCUUGCGUCUGAGCUUCAGAUGUCCUUGUGCUGACUGAAAUGGUUUCUUUAGACUGAAUUUUUGCAUAUUUAGGAAAAUUUGUGGGGGAAAAAUACCAUUUGACCAUUUUUAUUCUUUGUCUUGGUCUCAAUUCUGCACCAGUACUGAAGUACUAACCAGACUUAUUGACCAUUUUCCUAAAGAUUAUGUUGCUGUGAGAACAAGUGAUGUGUUAAUAAAAUUCUUGCAAAAUAA